UGAACGAAAUGCACUUACAAUCAGCUGUCAAUACGUCGUAAACUGACACUUGUUACAUAUCUUGACAUUGACAAUUGAGAUUCAAUACUUUAUUGGCAAAGAAUUGCAAAGCAACGAGAUUUCUAUAAAUAAAACGAUAGCUUAUCAACGUUCGUUUACACGAAGACCGAGAGCUGGCUUUUUAAUCUAAUCGCCACGCCUCUACAUUUCAUUAAUAACAGAAUAUACAAAUACGUCACGCAGUACCCAUUUGAACUUGAUAGCGAUACGACGUGCAUGAAUUGUAAUAUAAGUGGUUUAUUGUGUGUGAUAAAGACGUUUAUUAACUUGAGAUUUCCACAUUGGCCUAUAGAUAAAGCACUUGAAAAUAGGCAGUAGUUUAUAAGUGUAACCUAACUUUUUAUUAUUUUAAGUGGACUUGUAAAAUGUCAGUCUUGAAUAACUUUACAGUGUCUGUUGCAAAGGGAUUACGGCGUCUCCGACAAAAGCAAGAGCUACGAGAGAUUCUCCCAAGUGCUGCCAGGAGGAAAGUGGGUUCAGCAUCCAAAGAUGCUCCCCACCUGAACAUGGAGAAAUGUCUCAUCGUAUCCAAGGUCACGAGAUACGAGUAUGAGAGACACAGUCACGACAACAUAUCAGACGCUGAACUUGAGCGGGUGCUUCGGGAGCGAGGUUCCGACUACGAGACCAUGGUGAACAUACACAAGAGGCAGAAGGCCUUCGAGGAGACAGUAGCCAAGAGUCUCAGGGAGAUGGGGCACCAGGUGGAAAUGGCUAGCAGGCUAACCUAUAAAGAAGAUUUAAUAAAGUGGUGCGACGUAGUGGUGCCGUGUGGUGGAGAUGGCACCUUCCUACUAGCCGCGUCCAGAGUAAGGGAUGCUAAUAAACCAGUGAUAGGCUUCAACAGUUCCCCUCACAAGUCGGUGGGGCGCCUCUGCUUACCCACGUGGUGCUCGAACGACGUGAAGGGUGCGUUUCAGGCGUUGAAGGAUGGUAGGUUCCGAUGGAUGCGUCGCUCCCGGAUACGCACGACCAUCACCUGUGAGCCUAAACUACUGGAUACUAUCACACCAGUCGACCUGCACACGCUACAUUAUUGCAGAUACCCGCCUACACACGACAUCCCAGAUUCGGACACUUUGUACUCAGAAAAUCACAGAAGCAAUCCGGACGCGGGCAGAAGUUGCACUCUAGCCACUAAAGUGCUGCCGGUACUGGCACUAAAUGAGGUGUUCAUAGGCGAGAGCGUGACAUCCCGCGUGUCGCUCCUCCGGCUGCAGAUUGACGACGGCGCCUGGACACACACCAAGAGCUCGGGCCUGUGUGUCACUACGGGGACGGGGAGCACUUCGUGGCACUUUAGUAUAAACUGCCUCCGCACCCAGUCAGUCCAAGAGUUGAUGAACAUCCUCCACAAGGACUACGGCGUGACGAUGGACACCACCCUGGAGAAAGCCAGGGAGAUCACAGAGAAAUACAACCAGAAACUUAUGUUUGCGCCAGACUCGGAUCAGCUGGCGUACUCGGUGCGUGAGUACAUAACGUUUGAGGAGUGGCCGACGCCGCGCGGACUGCGCGUGCGAGACCGCGCCAGCUCUGUCAGCGUCAAGUCACACUGCACUGAUGCUGGUCUCGUUAUCGACGGCAGCGUUUCAUUCCCAUUCAACGAUGGCACAGAAGCCACUUUGGAAAUUCACCCGGAAGACUCCCUCAUGACCGUCCACAUGGAUGAUGCAUUACCGCACUGACUACGAGAUUCACUUCUCACCUUAAAGUACACUUCUGACUUCAAAGUACCCUGAUGACUAAAAAGUACAUUUUUGAUUUGGAAGUACACUAUCAACUCAGAAGUACCUGCUUGACUUUAAGGUAAAGUUGAUUAUAAACUUCGGAGUAGUCUUUUAUCUAUAAAGUACAUUUACGACUUAUGUUGCACUUUAAAGUUUAUGUACCUUGUUGUCAUUAAGUUACUGUAUACUUCAAAGUACACAAUAGACUUCAGAGUACCCGUUUGGGUACAAAGUACACUGUUGUCUCUAUACACUCGCGCACAUGUAUAAAGUACAUUAGAGUUAUCUAUAAACUUCCAUAGGUGACUUAAUUGUAAACAUCAACAAAGAUCGAAUUAUUGGGAAAAGAAAAUAAAUAACAAAAGUAGUUAUAAAAUUAAAGUACUAAUAUAUAAAUUAUAAAAAUGUCUUGACCGAUUUUCGCCCAUGGUGGCUAGGUUCGCAAGAGACCAACCAACUACGCGGUACUUGAUUUAAGUGCACAAGCGUGUGCUAACACAGGUUCACUCUCUGUUCCCUUACUCUGAUAGCCCAAUGAGACGGCAAUCAAAUACAACCGAAGAAAUAUCAAUCAUAGGACACAAAUUUUACGUGCCUUCCGAAACACGGAAGCUGUGAUAUUUAUUCCUAAAACGCACAAAAUUCGGUGCGUGCCAUGAGAUCAAACUCAAGACCUAUAUUUGACAGUCCUGCGGUCUUACCACUAAGCUAUCACAACUAUUACAUCACAUAGUGUACGCUUAAAGCAACGCCUUUUUGAUCCCAUUUGGUAAUCACCAUAUUUUCAGUUCUUCGAUAAAGUUCUUUCAGUCAACGUUUUUGGAACACAAAUUUGACUAAAAACUCCUUAUGUUUGUAAUUCAAUUAUUUACAUCUCAGAGUCAAGACAAUGUUAUAUCGCAUUUCAAUAGGAAACGAAUCGACAUUUCUAAAUGUACGGAAAUGGCAAUUCUCUUUGACAAGUGACGAUAUAUUUUUAACUUGUUAGUUUAAUAUAUUUAAGCGAUUUGUCAGAAAUAGCUUAUCCAUAAUCCAGCGUAUUUUAAUAAAAUGCAAUGUAACUGAAUGUGUAAUUAAUGCUUAAUAGCAUUGAAGACUUAUUUUAAGACGCUUAUGUAAUUUAAGCCAUAUUUAGCCAAUUUUAGCCGCGAUUAUAAUUAAGGAAUAUAAAAUAAGAUAUUGUAAAAAUGUAGAGAAAUUAAAACAAUAGAUUUGUAAGAAAUUUGCAACACCGUAAAUUCAAAAUGAGUUCUUAUUCUGGCAACAUUUAAAUGUAAAAGUAAAAAUGGGAAAUUUACCUACAUUUUCUUCAUUUUCAUUUGGAUGUUUAAAAAAUAUGGAAUAUAGUAAUUAUAAGUAUGAUUUUGUGAAAUAAAGUAUUCAAAAUGAAACAUGGAUGCCUGAAAAUUCUGUGAUUAACCUAAGAAGGCACUUACUAUUUUAUAUUAUAUGAUAAAACAUAGACUCUUUUAUAAAACUGUACAUAUAAGGCACAGACCAAAUUAACUGAUAGACAGGAACAAA